CAGUUCGCUCUACAUCAACCAUCGCGCCCAAGUUAGUCAACUUUUGUCAUGCAUAAUGAAGAUCUUAUUAGUGCUUUUCACCGUGGUUUUGUUUGGCACGUUUUCCGUGGUUCGAAGUGGUCGUUAUAGAAAAGGUCACCAUAAUCAGUAUAGUUUCGGUCAUGUAAGUCGAUUGGGAUUGCGGGAGAUUGCUCAAAGAUCUGCCCAGAGAGCCCAUAACGCGGUGGUGGAUCAACACAUCGCAGCACAAAAAGCAUCAUUCAUUGCCAAAAGUGUUCUCGCCGAAGCCGCCUUUCAAGCCGCCGAAACAGCAGAAGUAGCUCUCGCUACCAAACAUGCACUUCUUCAGAGCUUAGAAAAGCAGGUUGCCCAGGCGCAUCAUGCACUAGAAGCAGAAAUUUGUCAACUGCAACUAGCAAAACAUACUGCAAUAGCUGCUAAAGAAACUGCACAAAGAGCCGCAAAACACGUGCAAAUUGUUGCUAAAGCCCUAAAGCAGGCUCAGCGACUUGCACUCCAGGCUGCAUCCGCUGCUGAUCAUGCUCGAAUCGAGUUGGCCUUACAGAAAAAGAUGGUUCUUAUGGCUCAUGCUCGAUUGGCCGCCAUUGAGAGGAAACUACACCAAGUGCAAGCGAAAUUUGAAAAAACCAAAAAGGCUGCUAACAAAGCUUCCGCUGCUGCACAUGCUGCCUAUAAGAAUGCUUUUCAAUCAAAGGAACAAAAAGAGAAGGAAGCAUUCCUAAAAGCGGUUUCGAAUGCACUCCACAUAGAUCACGCAGUACAAGAAAUCUCGGCCCAUAAGAAAGGGUUCAGUGCAGGGGGAGGACAUGAUGCGAUAGCUGAGGACCAAAUAGUGAAACUGGGAGGAGAAUAUCGUCGGUAACGUUAAGGCAUUGGCGCUGCGGCCGUCCUUAAUUGUAC